UAUCUUUUCAGUAGUUUCGCAAUUCCGGACAAGAAGAAUUGGCAUCCACGUGGCCAUAAAAAGAAUCUUCAAAUUUGCAAGCAAAUUAUGACUGCUUUUUGCCGAAGAUUUAUUCCGAAAAAGUAUUUUGGUACAACUGUAUUUUUGGCAGUGAUACACGUGGUACUGUUUGGAUUUUACAUCAGCGGAAUGAAAAAUAUUGUGGAAUUUUGCCAAUCUAUGAAUGCUGAACAACAGGCAAUGAAUAGAAUUGAUCCAUCAGAUAUCCCUGAAAAUGGGAUUUAUUUUCUGGAGACAUCAGGAUUGCCCAUGUUGAGCCCCAAACAGCUCUGUGCAGUUGAGUCUGCAGCUCUACACCACCCCAACAGAUCCGUGGUAGUGGCAGUGAAGAAUAAGUUUUUGCAGUUGCCCUCAGUUGUCAAAUCCUGGUCAGAAAAGUACCCAAAUAUCAUGUUCACCACAAUAGACAUUGUCCAAUGGCUGAAUGGCACCAUUCUUCAGCCAUGGUUAUCCAAAAACUUGCUUGAAAACAGCACAUAUAAAACUGUUCACAUGAGUGAUAUCCUGAGGUAUGUCACAAUGUUCAAGUAUGGUGGACUGUAUUUGGACACUGAUGUGGUUGUCAUGAAACCUAUGGAUGAAUUGGUGAAUGCUGUUGGUCUGGAGGGAACUGGUGUGAUAAACAAUGCAGUCCUUGCAUUUGAGAAGCAUCAUCUCUUCAUGGAAGCCUGUUUGAAGGAACUGUCUGAAAAGUAUGACCCUUACAACUGGGGUUCCAAUGGACCAGGUAUGCUGACAAGGAUAAUCCGCCCCUAUUGUGGCUGGAAUAUCACAGAUCCUGUGAAACCUGGUGACUGUAAAAACAUCAAAGUCUUGAACAUCAGUGCCUUUUAUCCAGUCAAAUAUGCUUCAUGGCGAUCAAUGUUCAAUCAUGCUCCAAUUAUUUCUGCAAGUAUUCUCAAAAAGGCUAAGCAGAGUUAUACUCUGCAUUACUGGAAUCGCAAAACUGUGGAUGAACCCAUUCAAGUGGGUACCCCUCAAGCUCUUGGUGUUCUUGCUGCCAAACAUUGUCCAUUAGUCUCUGCUUCAAUAGACAAUGGGGAGCUGUGGGGACUCAACAUGAAAUACAUCAACAAAUCCUGA